GAGCUUUCUUGUUACUACACAUACGGUUAAUGCUUUCCACUCUGGUCGAAUGUAAAUGAGAGAAUAUAUUUUUCACCCAGUAACCCAAAACUCAAAAGCCUAAAACCACGACCACGACCUGAACCUGAUCUCAGCAAAGCAAAUGACGAGUGACCUGAGAUCCAACGGCCGUAAACUGUCCUUCGAUGUCCUCACCACCACCGAUUCCUUCUUCGACGAUGACGAUGUUGCUCAUUCCUUGUUCCUACUCCGAUCCGUUUCCGACCAAACUCAUAUCUCCAACCACCACCGUCGCAAGCGUAAACCCAGAAAGAAGAAAAACAAAAAACAACACCAACUGACCAAUCAAAAUCAUAAUUAUCAACAACAACAACAAAUACUUGAUAAUGAUUCCAAUCUACAUCGGUUUGAUGAUUUUGAUACAAUACAUGCCACUUCCUCUGUAUCUGAUAAUGACGAUUUUGUUAUGAACCGAAACUGCGGCGAGACGUCGUGUUCGGUCAUUUACGAGCAAGUGUUUGUGCCGUCUGAGGAUAAACUAGUUGUUAGGGAGACAGAGUUGAGGCAAAGGAAUAGUGAUUUUUUUAUGUAUCGGAUUGAUGAGAGUGUUAAGGAGGUUGAUGAUUCUAGUACUAGGAAUGGGAGUUGUUGCUCCCCUAAACAUACCGAAUUAAUGAUGAAACAAACCGCCGAAAUCAAUGGAAAUCAUAGGAUGCAGCUUCAAAAGGACAAGUCUUUAGAUUGGAAACAAUUCAUAUCCGAUAAAGAUCCCAAUCAUAACUUUUUAUUGGAGAGAUCCCCAGUUAAAUACUUUAUGGAAGAAAUGCAAGGUGGAAAUUCAUUACGAAUGACAACCACCCUUGCCAAUGAGAAAGAACGUGAAAGAGUAUACGACACUAUUUUUCGCAUGCCAUGGCGAUGUGAACUGCUUAUAGAUGUCGGCUUUUUUGUCUGCCUGGAUUCGUUCAUGUCGCUGUUAACAAUCAUGCCAAUGAGACUUUUCACUACCUCUUGGAGGCUUUUGAAAACGAGGCAGUGCAAGAUGCUUUCAGCAGCAGAGCUUUCUGAUUUUGGUUGUUUUCUUAUGUUGGCUUCUGGAGUAAUUCUAUUACAACAGACAGAUAUCAGCCUGAUUUAUCACAUGAUUCGAGGUCAAGGAACAAUCAAACUUUAUGUUGUGUAUAAUGUAUUGGAGAUAUUUGAUAAAUUAUGCCAAAAUUUUGGUGGUGAUGUCUUGCAAACACUAUUUAAUACUGCUGAUGGUUUAGCAAAUUCUUCAACAGAAAAGAUGAGUUACUGGCUACGGAGAUACAUCUUUGAUGAAAUUUUAGCUGUGGCUUCUUCAAUUGUUCAUUCAUUCAUCUUAUUAGCUCAGGCCAUCACUCUGUCGACCUGUAUAGUUGCCCACAACAAUGCAUUGUUCGCUUUGCUGGUCUCAAACAAUUUUUCAGAGAUAAAAAGCAAUGUUUUUAAACGUUUCAGCAAGGAUAACAUACAAAGUUUGGUAUAUUACGAUUCAGUGGAGAGGUUCCAUAUUGCAUCCUUUCUCAUAUUUGUCCUGGCUCAGAAUAUUUUGGAAGCUGAAGGUCCGUGGUUCGAGAAUUUUCUUUAUAAUGCUCUUGUCGUUUACAUAUGCGAAUUAAUGAUUGAUAUUAUCAAACAUUCUUUCAUCGCCAAGUUCAAUGACAUAAAGCCCAUUGUAUAUUCUGAAUUUCUUGAAGACCUUUGCAAACAGACCCUAAAUAUGCAGCCGGAGAGUUCGAAGAAAACCCUUACUUUUGUUCCUCUGGCACCGGCUUGUGUGGUUAUUCGAGUAUUGAGUCCAGUUUACGCCGCACAUCUUCCCAGCGGACCCAUUCUGUGGAGACUUUUGUGGAUAUUUAUAUUGUCGGUCAUCAGCUUUGUGAUGCUCACAACCCUUAAAGUGAUGAUAGGUAUGGGACUUCAGAAACAUGCUACUUGGUAUAUUAAUAGGUGUCAAAGGAGGAAACUACACUCAGACUAGCACAAAGUACAUAAUGUUCGCAUAUAAUUGCUUGAAGUUCAAGAGUUGGGACCACACUAACUGUGAUAUAUAAGAAACAUCAUAUGAAAAUGUUGAUCAAAUGUUUCUCGUUGGUUGAUCUCAGGGAAGCAUUCAACUGCUUUAUGAGUGUUGGUUCAAUAAGUAUGAGAGGCCUUUACCAUAUAUGUACAUCAGUUAUAGCCUUUUCUUUCCCCAACUAAUAUUGCUAAUAUUGCUAAAUUAUGGCAGUUAAUGAAUAUAUAUAAUGCUAUUAUUAUACACA